UGUAAAGAUUUCUUCAAAGCCGGCCGGGGGAUUUAUGAGGACCUGUGCCGCAGACUGCCCUUCUACCCCUCUGACUUCACAGAUGGUAUAGUUGGCAGUAAUAAAACCCUGCUGAAGUACAUGACCACAGCCAUCUUCCUCUACAUCGCCAUCCUCCUCCCCGCCAUCGCGUUCGGCUCCCUGAACGAUGAGAGCACACGUGGCGAGAUCGAUGUUCGGAAGACCAUCAUCGGCCAGAGCAUCGGCGGGGUCAUCUACUCGUUGUUCGCCGGCUCUCCUCUGGUCAUCCCUCUAACCACGGCUCCCCUCGCCAUCUUCAUCAGCGUGAUCCGAGGAAUCUGUGACGACUACAACCUGGACUUCCCGGCGUUCUACGCCUGCAUCGGCCUGUGGAACUGCCUCUUCCUCAUCCUGGGAGGGAUAUUUAACGUCAGCCUGCUCAUGAAGCUCUUCAAGAGGUCGACGGAGGAGGUCAUCGCUCUGUUCAUUUCCAUUGCAUUUGUGGUGGAUGCAGUGAAAGGCACCGUGAAAAUCUUUCACAGAUAUUACCACGCUCCCACGCUGGCCAACAGAAGCAUCGAGGACCUCCCGAAGGCCGGAGACCUGUUGGGAGGAAACCAGAGUGAGGUGGCGGCGGGGUUGGUGCUCAACGCCCUCCCUGAAUCCCUCAUCAAUUGCACUCGGGAGAGACCUGUCCUCUGCCUCCUGCUGAUGCUCGGGACGUUAUGGAUGGGUUACACCCUCUACCAGUUCAAGAGGAGUCCGUUCCUGCAUGCCAAAAUGAGGGAGGUGCUGUCGGACUGCGCCCUGCCGAUCUCCGUGCUCAUGUUCUCCUUCAUCGGCUCCUACCUUUUCAGUGACAUUGAGCUUCCCGUGUUUAAAGUUCACGACCGGCCCGUCUUCAACGUGGCUCCGUUCGAGCGUCUGUCCCCCAUGAACGUUCUGAGCGCCAUGGGCCUCGGCUUCCUGCUCGCCCUCCUCAUCUUCAUCGACCAGAACAUCGUCGUCUCGCUGACCAACGCACCGGAGAACAG